AUGUACAUACGAUUCCACGAAUUGCGCCAGGAACUCGCGACAAUGCUUAUCCCUAAGGACGACCGCAAGAAGAUCCACGAGUACCUCUUCCGCGAGGGUGUGCUCGUGGCCAAGAAGGACUUCAACCUUCCCAAGCACGGUGACAUUGACACCAAGAACCUUUUCGUCAUUAAGGCUCUUCAGUCUCUGGACUCCCGCGGUUUCGUCAAGACCCGCUUCUCGUGGCAGUACUACUACUACACCCUCACCCCCGAGGGUCUUGACUACCUCCGUGAAUGGCUCCACCUCCCCGCUGAGGUUGUUCCCGCCACCCACAUCAAGCAGCAGCGUUCCCACGCUCCCCCCCGCGGUAUGAUGGGCGGUGAGGACCGUGAGCGCCGUGCUCCCCGUGCUCCCCGUGAGGGUGGCCGCGAGGGUGGUUACCGCCGCCGCGAGGAGGGUGGUAAGGAGGGUGGUGCCCCCGGCGAGUUCGCUCCUUCCUUCCGUGGAGGAUUCGGCCGUGGCCGUGGUGCCCCCGCUGCUCCCCAGUAA